AAGGCUUCCUGAGGUGCCCAUCUCAUCUCAGGAAUGAGCUUACCCAAAACACCAGAGAACUCACAGGUCUUGGCCUAAACCUCUCUGUGUCCUCCGGGGUUAGCUUAGCCCUUGGGGUUGGGCAUACUCAAAGCCUGCUGGGUAGAACUUCCUUCCCCAUAGACAGUGCUUCAAUGGGUCCUCUCCAUGUUUGCCAAGGGAAAGAAGGCAAUGAUGAAAUUCAGGAACUACAUGGACCAUUCCCAGAAGGAGGAUCUCUACCAACUCCCACACAUUAACAGUUACCACACACCUGUUCCUCCAACACCGCAGCCCCAAGCAGGAAAGAACUUCAGGGAUAAGAGGUUGGAAUCUUGGAGGAGGAAGAGGCUGCGUCCCAUCACGGCUCCCAAUGGCCUUGAGCCUCUCUUUGCCAAGGAUCCUGGAAGGAUUUAUAAAACAGCGCCGCAUAGCAAUGCAGUUAUCACAAUGGUCUAUUUUGGGAAAAAUGUGCACCUAUCUUAUGAUGACAUAGACUUCCGAGAUGAAAUCAAGAUUUACCAACAGCACUGUGGAGGAGAGAACCUUUGUGUCUACAAAGGGAAACUGCUUGAGAAAGACACCUUUCAGUUUAUCUCCAAGCGUCACCACGGCUUCCCCUUCAGCCUCACCUUCUUUCUGAACGGGAUUCAGGUGAACAGGAUCAGCUCCUGCUGCGAGUUCAAGCACCGUAGAAGCACCCGCCUAGGAGGCAAGAGAGGCUACUUCGGGUUCGUGUGUGUGGAGAAGGCAUCUCCUUGCUACAGGUGCAUUAUUGCAAUGGGCCUUGACAGAAAACCAUCUUCAACGAAACCUAAGAAGGAAAAGAUUACUGAGAAAAAGGAGGAGCCACCAAACAAGAGUCAGGGAAAACUGAGGAAGGACAGAAUGAAUGCACCAUCGAAAAGGAACGAGAUGGAGAGGAAAGAGUCUUGUGUCUCAGCUGCAUUUUCAGCUGAGGAAAUAAAAUUAGGGGUCAAAGAAGUGAGGACGGCUAUUGAGGAAAUGGAAUGGAAGGGGAAGUCAGGACGAGACGUCUGGGAAGAGGACCAGGACAACGCUGUUAAAUACGACUAUGAAGAAGAUUUUGAGGUAGAUGAUGAAAAACAAGACGAGAAGGUGGAUGAAGAUGAGGACCAGGCUGAUGACCAGAUGAGUGGAGGAUCCAAGACACCCACCGAAAGUGAAAAAGACAACCGGAACCCCGAAAAGAAAAUUGAAACCUCUUCAGAGAAGGCCCAUGACAGUGAGAAUGAGGAUACUGGAUGCUCGGACAGCGAAGAGGAUGACAGACAAGAUGUUAAAACCAUGUCAUCAAUCUCAUCUAGAAGUCACCCCUACUCUAGCGAAAGUGAAGACGAUUCUACAGAGGUGGGCGGGGAAGCCGACUCUGUCAGCGAAGAGGGAAGCUCCAGAAGUUCCUCUUCUCAGGAUCUGCGGGAAAAUGAUGACCCAGGAAAACCACACUUUCCAAUCGAGAAGUACUUGGAAACUGAGAUCGAAGAGCAAGAAAUCACCGAGGGGCAUAACGGACCUUGGUUGACCGAGCUCAGCGGUAUGCAUGUUACUGAGGGAAAACCAACUAUGGGAAUCCAAGCUUUAUCGGAGAGUGAACACAAGGAGCCUAGGCGGGUGGCUUCUUCAGAGGUGAGGGCUAAGAGUCAGCUCCAGAAGGAAGCAGGCCUCCCUGGGGUGGAAGAAGAGGGUAAGUACAGCCCAUGAGGUGACAUGCCGCUGUACCUGUGCAUGGAAGCUGAUUUGGUCAUUGCUACUGCCAGAGCAAUCGGCUGGAUGAUUCUGGAAGGAUUCUUUAUUUCCCUUUCUUCUUGUCACAGAAUUACACAUGUAUUUUCAGCUUGCUAUUUCCCUUCUAUUGCAUUUUAAAAAUCACUUCGUCAUUCUUAAAUAGCUUGUUUCCUAUUUUCUGUAAAUUCCUUCCUAUGAUAAUUCUAUCUCAAGAAUCAAAUAAAACGCAAUGCAUGUAUGAAGUC